UUUAUUGCUUUGUGCAGCUUCCUGCUUGAACCUCAUCUCCUCCUCAGGGUGUAAUGUGGGAUAUCAAGACACGAAGUGGCUCUGCAAUAAACACAUAGACCAAAUGCGAUACAGUAUUCCUUAUGAAAUAUCUGCUGACUGCAGACGGUUUAAGGCAGCCAUUCCAACUGUGUUCCGGUUAUAGAGUGUACCUGGCGCUGGUGCUAAUUUUGCGUUAGCAUUGCUGUCCCAGCACUUUAGCCGCCUCCGGUAUACCGUGAGCGUGCUCCCUCGCUUCUCACCCUCCGUUCUUUUAUGUGGGUGCAACAUGGCUGAGAGGAGCCGGCAUGUGCAGAGCGAAAUGUUGCUCCUGGUACUUCUGGUUCUGCUCGCUUCCCUUCACCUCCUGACCUGUCCCUUCACUAAAGUGGAGGAAAGUUUUAACCUGCAAGCGGCGCAUGACCUGCUGUACCACCGCCUACACCUGGACAAGUACGAUCAUCACGAGUUUCCUGGUGUUGUGCCAAGGACCUUCGUCGGGCCACUUUUUCUUUCAUUGCUCGCUGCUCCAGCAGCUUCCAUCGUUUCAGCUCUAGACGUCUCCAAGUUUUACUCACAACUUCUAGUUCGAGGAUGCCUGGGUCUGUGUGUAAUUUAUGCACUGUGGAAACUUCAGAAAGAAGUUAGGAAGCAAUUUGGCUCAACAGUAGCUUCUUUUUACUGUUGGAUCUCAGCAACCCAGUUUCAUCUUCUCUUCUAUUGCUCAAGAACUCUCCCAAAUAUACUUGCAUUUCCUAUUGUUAUCAUGGCGUUUACUGCCUGGAUGCAACGGAACCAUGGCACAUUUAUCUGGCUUUCUGCUUUAUCUAUCAUUGUGUUUCGAUCCGAGCUUUGCAUAUUCCUGGGCCUCAUGCUGCUGCUAUCAUUAGUGAACUAUCGUAUUUCUAUUUUCGAAAGUCUGUGCCAUGCAGUGCCAGCUGGAUUGGUGUGGUUGGGUCUAACUGUGUGUGUGGAUUCUAUAUUUUGGCGACGCAUCCUAUGGCCUGAGGGAGAAGUACUUUGGUACAACACAGUCUUGAACAAGAGCUCCAAAUGGGGAACAUCACCCUUCUUCUGGUAUUUUUACUCGGUGCUGCCUCGUGCACUUGGUUGCAGUUUAAUUUUUCUGCCUCUUGGGACCAGGGACCGGCGGAGUUGGAGGUUACUCUUCCCAACAUUUGGUUUCAUCUUUAUAUAUUCAUUCUUACCUCACAAGGAGUUGCGCUUCAUAAUCUACACUUUUCCUGUCUUGAAUGUUGUUGCAGCAAUAGGAUGCUCAUCUGUAAUGAUCAAUUACCACAAAUCCUUUCUGUAUAAGUUAGGAUCCUUAGUUGUGAUUACACAUUUACUGGCAAAUGCCUGCUACACUGGGAUGCUACUGUAUGUAUCCCACUACAACUACCCUGGUGGAGUCGCUAUGCAAAAGCUACAUGAGACUGUCUCUCCAACAACAGCUGUUUCAGUGCACAUUGAUGUUGCUUCUGCACAGACUGGUGUUACCCGAUUCCUUGAACUCAAUCCAAGUUGGAGGUAUGACAAGAGGGAAGAUCUUAAACCAGAUGUUGGAAGUACUGCACAUACACACUACCUGAUGGAAAUGAAUCCAGUAUAUAUAUUGCAGUAUAGAAACACCCAUAGGAUAAUGUUUAAUAUUUCUGGUUUUAGUGGAAUUGGGUUUAACAUAUCUCAACUCCCUCCAUUUUAUAUUAAAACUGAGACAAAAUUAGUAGUAUUAGAAAAAAUAUACACACACAAUGAAAAUAUGAGAAAAGGAUAAAAAUUAUUCAGCCCAUUCCACUAUUCUGUUCAAUAUUUAAGACUCCCAGACAUCUUGCUAGUUCCCAUUUAUUCAACAAUCUGUUUUAUUCAUGCUCGAUCAAAAUCUUAAUUGUGCUAAAUGGGUACCAAUGGAAUAAAAUAACUAUGUGAGGAUUUUGCUCUUUAACUUGUGUCAAGCUAGAACACAUGAAAUAGUCUAAUUUGCUCAUUUACUUCUGGUUUUACUCAGAAUUUCUACACCUACCCAGUUUCCUUCCUGAUUUUAAAACCCGAAUCACAUCCUUCCUUGUCAGUUUUACAAUAAACAGCAUGUGAUAAGAAAUCUACGUUUUCCAGCCCAUAAUUUUCUAACCAUUGAAGUAAAUAGGCAGAAAAUGACACGAUGAGUACAGGAGUAGAAUUUUAAUCUCUAUGUCUUUCAGAAUGUCAGCAUUUACUGCACAGCAUAACGUCAUGAUAGUUAUGCAUUGCUGUUGUACAAAUUUUGUACAUAAGACAGCUGAUUUGUUUACCUACCGAAUCACACUUCUGAUGUAUUGGAUGAAUUUGAAACGAUACAACUUUCAGUGUAGCUGAAGUUAACAGGAACUUUUAACGUUGUUUUGGAGUUAUAGGAUUAAAUAGAUUGGAGUAAAUUGAUUCUCUGACUUAUUGGUAAAGAUGGUCAAAUCUUGCACUGAAACUAGAACCUAACGUAGCAUAGACCUGGCCUGCAAAUGCAGGUCUCAACUUCUGUCAACUCAUUCCAAUUUGAGGUUAUAUAUUUCUUACUCAUUGCCUUGUCCUGUUUGAAUUUUGAAAGUAUGGAGUUUGAGAAGAGCUUGUUACUUCAGUGGUGGAUAAAUUCUAAAUCAAAAUAAUGUUAUCCUCAGUAGCUUAUAUAAACGGAAACAUGGGUUUCAACUUCAUAAGUAACCCUCGAAACACCAUCCCAUGCACCUCAGACAUGUACCAAUAAAUGUAACAAUUCGCUACAUACAUUUGAGACAGUAAGCUUCUGUCACAGGAACAAAAAGCAAGUUACUUUGACAAUCUGCAUAUGUAAAGUUUUUUUUUUAAGAGUCACUUGGAUGGAAAUCAAUCAUUGCUAUAGUCACUGUACAUAAUCUCUCAGAAAAUCACGGGAAAAUAGUUAUCAGGGUCCAAGUUUUAAAAGGCUUUUCUAUUUGUUUUUUACUGUUGCAAAGCAGACUUGGUCCUUUUUCAAGAAAACUAAAUCUCCUGGAGAGAGCACGUUAUUAUCUACUGUUCAUCUAAUAUGGCAUCCACAUAAAUUGAUAUUUUCACAAUGAUAAAUUUGCAGUAAUUAUGUGUCAGCUGAUUUCAGUGCCUGUAUUUAUUUUAAACAGAGACUUUCAUUUGAACAUCUCUGUAACGGAAUACAAUGCCAAUAUUUACAAGUGGGAUCUUUCCUAGUGCAACAAGAUUAUUAAAGUUGACUUAUUUUUA